GAAAGGUUACUAAACACUAAAAAGCAAAUCUUCUUGAAGAUGUCGCGCAAUUCGGAUAAAUUAAAUAUUAUUGAUCACAGGACAUUUGAUGAUCUGCAUAAGGAUAACGACUCGGCCACAACUAAAAUGUUGCGCACCCACAAAUACAAAAAUAAGCAUAAAUACGCCGAUACUCUGUUUGAUUUUAUAUGCCGUUUGCCGUGUCGGAAACCAAAAAAACAAGGACAGAUCAAAAAGGAACAGCAACUCCAAAGAAAGAAGAGUCCAAAUUUUAGUCUUAUUAGGACAAUUGUACCCAAACGCAAAGGCAAAUGCCAUCGCAAUCUAAUUACCAAAGAGAAAGUAACCAGAUUAAAGCGUAGCAUUCGAAGUUAUCGCAAUUUAAAGCAGGCAGCGGCACUCAAAGAAACAACCACGGAGCAACCUGAGACUGAUAAUCACCUCAUAGAUUCACCACACCAGGAGAAGGAUCAAUCGUCUAUGAUGGAAACUUCAUCUAGUCAGCUGGAGUUGGAGACGCGUUUACAAGGAUUAUCCAUAAACGAGACAAACAAAUGCCAUUCCAUACAUUCUCGACGCUUUAGAAGCUACUGCGAUAAUUGUACAAGAGCUCAAUUGAAAAAAUUAACCACCCAAUUGUUAAAGGACUUGGAUCGCUUUCAGAAGCGAGCCUAUGCAGCUAAUGAGAUCAAGGCUCGUGCUCAUCCGCGCAUGGCAUUGGGUUUCCGUGAGGCUAUUUCACAUUUAAAUAUAAGAAACAAAGUAAAACUGCUUAUUCUAGCUACAGACUGCGAAUCAAAUCCAGGUGAAGACGGCCUAGAUGAAACGAUAGACAAGAUUAAGUUUUCCUGCCAACAACACAAUGUGCCAUAUUGCUUCUCCCUAAUGCGUCGGGAGUUAGCCUACGCCUUAAAGAAGCGAGCUCAAAUCUCCUGUGUGGCCAUCUUGGACUACGAUGGAGCGCAGGACAUUUACAAAGACUUGUUAUUAGAAUUAGACGAAGCUAGAAAGGACUACAAACGUUUAACUGCAUUGUGAAAUGACAAUUUAUUCAAAGAGAGAAAUGUGUGUGGUGCCAGAAGGUGCAUU